UCCUGACAAUCCUCUGCCAGCGGAAAACCUUCGACGCUCUCCCUCCCAAUCCCCCCAACAACUAUAUAAACACAGCGACCUUCCUUCCUUACACUCGAACUCAUCUACCUCCUCACACGUCUUCUCUUUUGAAAGAUGCCUUACAACGGUAUCGGUAUCGAGACUCCGAGAGGAACCGGUACAUCCGGCCAUGUCAUCCGUAACCUCUCUCACCUUCGCCCGCGAGAAGGUCCUCCCCCAGGCUCGUCGCGUCCAGGAGACUUUGGCACCGGAGCCAACUCGUUCGGACCGCCCGUGCAUCGAGCGCCUGAUGCAGGGAUCUUGGACCAUGAGAGGAAGAGAAAGGUAGAAGUCAAGUGUUUCGAGUUGAGGGAAGAAUUGGAGGAGAAAGGCCUGGACGAAGAAUCCAUCGAUACCCAAGUCCAAUCGCUCCGUCUCCGCCUGCUCGCCCAAGCGCCUACACCCGCAAACUCCCAAGCCCAGAGUAAACAGGAUAUCCGGAACUUGAAGUCUCAUGACUCUCAUGCACUCGCCGCGGCCAAGCAGCAGGAGAUGAACAGGAUGGGAAGGGCGUUCGGGAUCGGGCAGGGAUAUGUCGAGGGAAAAGCUUUCGACCGAGAAGCCUUGGAGGUUGAGAGGGCAGAGAGGGCCGCUAAGCGGGAGGAGGCCGAACGUCAGCGCAUAGAGAUGGUUGCCAAGCGGGAGAAGGAGAGGGAAGAUAGAGAAGCUGCUUUCAAGGAGAGCGAGAAGAAGCGACGAAGAGAAGAGUAUUACCGACGACUGGAAGCUGAGAAGCGAGCCAAUGAAGGGCCUGCAGAUGGAAGAGACGGCUUGGACUACGAGUCGACAAGGGCACCGGCGGGCCGACCGGAUCGAUCGCCUUCUCCACCUCCACGAGCCCGACGUCGGUACUCGGACUCGAGAUCCCGGUCACCCCCUCCUCGUCGAGCUCCGAGGGGCGACUCUCGUUCGCCUUCGCCUCCCUCUCGACGACGUCAAUAUUCUCUCUCACGAUCCCCUCCUCGUCGAAGACGAUACUCGGACUCGCGUUCUCCACCUCCCCGACGACCCGACCACCGGGCCAGGUCCCGGACCCCCGUCGACACUCGGAUGAGGUCGGUCUCACCACCUCCAGGUGUUGCCAUCAACCGAGCUCCUGCAGGACGACCACGCUCGCCAUCCCCCUCUCGAUCCAGGUCGCCGCCUCCCCGUCGACGAGACUCGCGUAGCCCGCUCCCACCUCGCCGCGAUUCCAGGUCUCCGCCUCGACGACGACGACGUUCAGGAAGUUUCAGCAGCGACUCCAGCGCUUCAGACAGUGACGACUCGAGGUCGCCUCCGCGUAGAGCACGACGCAGAAGUGCUACGCCCUGAAGCGUCUAAUUCUGGGCGUUGAUUGCUACGAUAUAUCACGAUACAGCUCCGAAAAUGAAGCUACAUGAUGCCCCUACUGUUGGUCUUAAAAUUAGUUGUACAUAUAUAACAGUCCCGGGCUAGAGGACCAUGUCAAUCUAUAUCAACCUUGAACAGGUUCGAAACAACUUUCGUUGAUCUGUGACCGAUGCUAGUG